AUGCACAGAACCGCGUCCCUCCUUCUGCUUCUAUAUCUGGGGUGCUUGGCUUGCGAAGCAGCCAACCCCUGUUGCUCCCAGCCAUGCCAGAAUCGAGGUGUGUGCACAGCGCUUGGCACCGACUCUUACGAAUGUGACUGCACACGCACUGGAUACUAUGGGCAGAACUGCACGACGCCCGAAUUCUUCACCUGGAUCAAAAUGUCCCUGAAACCGAUGCCGAACACGGUGCACUACAUCCUCACGCACUUCAAAGGCCUGUGGAACAUCAUCAACAACAUUUCGUUCUUGCGGGACGCCAUCAUGCGCUACGUCCUGACGUCACGGGCCCAUUUGAUUGACAGCCCACCAACCUUCAAUUCUGACUAUGGUUACAAGAGCUGGGAGGCUUAUUCCAAUCUGUCCUAUUUCACGCGCACCCUACCCCCCGUCCAUCAGGACUGCCCAACGCCGAUGGGUGUUGCAGGUAAGAAAGAGCUGCCGGACGUGAAGAUGGUAGCGGAGAAGCUCCUGCUGAGGAGGAAGUUCAUCCCUGACCCUCAGCGAACCAGCCUCAUGUUUGCCUUCUUUGCCCAGCACUUCACACAUCAGUUCUUCAAAACUGAUAUGAAAAAAGGUCCAGCAUUCACCAGGGCAAAGAACCAUGGAGUGGAUCUGAGUCAUAUUUACGGAGAGGAACUGGAACGUCAGCGCAAGCUACGGCUCUUUAAGGAUGGCAAGCUCAAAUUUCAGGUUCUGGAUGGUGAGGUGUACCCUCCCACAGUCAGUGACGUCCAGGUGGACAUGCACUAUCCUCCCCAUGUGCCAGAGUCCCAUCGCUUUGCUGUAGGUCAUGAGGCCUUUGGUCUGGUCCCCGGCCUCAUGAUGUAUGCGACAAUCUGGCUUCGGGAACACAACCGCGUCUGCGACGUACUCAAACAGGAGCAUCCGGACUGGGAUGACGAGCGGCUCUUCCAGACCUCGCGGCUCAUUCUCAUCGGUGAGACUAUCAAGAUUGUAAUUGAGGAUUAUGUGCAGCACCUCAGCGGCUACUACUUCAAACUCAAAUUCGAUCCGCAGCUCCUCUUCAGUGAGCGUUUCCAGUACCAGAAUCGGAUUUCCUCGGAGUUCAACACCCUCUACCACUGGCACCCACUCAUGCCCGAUGACUUCCAUGUCCAGGACGAGGUCUACAGCUACAAGCAGUUCCUUUUCAACACCUCCAUUCUGACACACUAUGGGGUCAACAACCUGGUGGAAUCUUUCACCAAUCAGAUAGCAGGAAGGGUGGCUGGUGGUCGGAACGUGGCACCUGCCGUGUUGAUGGUGGCAAUGAAAUCAAUAGAGAACAGCAGACUUAUGCGUUACCAGUCGCUCAACGCUUACAGAAAGCGCUUCAACAUGAAGCCCUAUGCCUCCUUUGAAGAUUUGACGGGUGAGAAGGAGAUGGCGGCAGAGCUGGAGGAGAUGUACGGAGAUGUUGACGCCGUGGAACUCUACACCGGCCUGCUCGUUGAGAAGCCCCGGACGAACGCCAUCUUUGGAGAAACCAUGGUGGAAAUGGGUGCUCCAUACUCGCUGAAAGGUCUUAUGGGAAACCCCAUCUGCUCCCCUGAGUACUGGAAGCCCAGCACCUUUGGCGGGAAAGUUGGCUUCGACAUCGUCAACACCGCCUCUCUGCAGAGGCUGGUCUGCAAUAACGUCAAGGGGCCUUGUCCUGUGGCGUCCUUCAACGUACCCAACGUAAAGGACCCAGUACCGACCACUAUCAACGCAAGUGCAGCCCAUUCAGGUCAAAAAGAGGUCAACCCAACAGUAAUACUUAAAGAAAGGACAUCUGAGCUCUGAUAACCCACUACUGUGAUAAUGUCGACAAUCUGAGGAAUAUAUUUAUUUAUUUAUUGGUGCCGUAUUUAUUUUAUUUAUUUAAAUAUGAAACAAAAUUAUAUAAAGACUAUAUUUUGUAUGGAUCAACUGAGUGUUUUAUAUUAACAGUAGAAAUAUUUCUAUUUUUCUGUAUUUAUUUUGUACAUCUGACUGUUUUUACCCCCGUACAUUAUGCUUUUUUGCCUGUUUUUUGUGUUGUUGUUCCAAGAUAGUUUAUACUUGAAUUGAGCAUCUUUAGUUUACAGUGUGUUACAAGCCAGAUUGAAAAGUUAUUUAAAUUUUUUCUAACAGCCUCUUCAGUCAUUUUUUUACCAGUCUUCCCAUCAAGCUCUUAUUUAUGUUUAAUAGCUACGACAUCUCAGAUUCUUUGUUUAAAAUGUAAUUAUUUCUCUGUUACUUUGAUUUGACUUUUUCAGAUACUAAUCUUAAAGUACAAACAGUGUUUUUUUUUUUCUAAAACUUGAAGUCUGGUAAAAAACAGCACAUAAUAAAUGACCAUGCAAAAUGAUAAUAAACAAGGUCUUCUAGAAAA